CGUGUUCUUGCCACUGCAACCCACAAACCCAAAACAAACUCCAAAAUGUUCAAAUACUUCUUGUUCGCCGUCGUGUGCCUGGCCAGCGCUGCUGCCGCACCGGGAUAUCUGGGCGGAUUGGGUGGUCCGUCGCUGCCACUGGCCGCCGCUCCGGCCAUCUCCUACGGCCAUGCCCUGGCCGCCCCGGCCUACAGCCAUGGCCUGACCGCUCCCUCGUACGCCUCCUAUGGCCUGGCUCCCAGGAUUAGCUACGCGGCCCCCGCUCUGGCCCACGCUCCGCUGGCUGCUCCGGCCAUCUCCGCCUACGGAUUGGGCCCCAGGCUCAGCUAUGCCUCUCCGGCUCUCGCCCACGCUCCGCUGGGUCUGGCUCAUGGCCCGCUGGGCUCUCCCCUGGGACUGGGCUACAAGUCGCUCGUGGGCCCCAGCCUGGCUGCUCCUGCCUACGGCCUGGCCCAUGGCUGGUAAGCGGAUGCCUCCUUCCAGCAUUUCCCCCGUUUCAGAGCAGAGGGAGAACCCCGUGGAAGACUUUCUCUUCCUUCAAUUUGCGCUACAA